UUCGCAAAAGCCCGUUCGGUUUGGAGGAAAAUAAUCAAAAUUAAAGCCAAAGAAAAUGCCUCCGGCGAAGAAGGGGAAAACGAAGGCUCCGAAAGCUACUGAAUCAAUUCAAUCCAACAAAUUCCCCUCUUGUCUUCGCUCUGUUGCUCCUUCUUCCGUCGCUAUCACCAUCCACGCCAAGCCUGGCUCCAAAAUCGCCUCUAUCACAGACUUCGGCGACGAUGCGUUGGGAGUGCAAAUCGACGCGCCGGCGAAAGAUGGAGAAGCUAAUGCUGCACUUCUUGAUUACAUCAGCACAGUUUUAGGUGUCAAAAGGAGACAAGUAUCAAUAGGUUCUGGUUCUAAAUCAAGGGACAAGGUUGUGAUUGUCGAGGAGGUAAGUUUGCAAACUGUUUUUGAUGCUCUGAACAAAGCUUUAACAUGCGAGUGAUGACAAUGGGAUCUUUGGGAGUUGACAUCCGUUUAUGAAAUAUCUGCACCCUGUAACAAGUACAGGUGGAUUAACUACUCUUUUGCUGCUGUAACAUUUUCAAUUGCAUUAUUGGAAAAUUGUUCAGCUAGAUGUUACUCUUAUUUGUUUAUAGUUUAUUUACAUCUCAACAAUACGUUACAUGUAUAUUUGUAGAGAGAUUCAAUCUACGGUACUGAGUUGGAACAUCUUAACCUGUUUACUAGCCCUAGCAUGAGGAGAUUUAUUCAUAAAGUUGUGUAUCCUCCCCAAAAACAUUUACCAUAGAUUUAUUUGGCCUUCUGGAUAGUUUCUAUGGCUCUAAUCUGA